GCGGCGGCGGAGGCGGCCCCGGCCGGGGCCCGUGACCAUGGGCAUCGCCGAGUCCACGCCGGACGAGCUGCCGUCGGACGCGGAGGAGCAGCUGCGCAGCGGCGAGCAGCAGCUGGAGCUGAGCGGGAGGCGGCUGCGGCGGCUGCCCGGCGCCGUGUGUGCGCUGAGCCGCCUGCAGAAGCUGUACGUGAGCGGCACGGGGCUGCGCGAGCUGCCCGAGGAGAUCGAGGAGCUGCGCGAGCUGCGCAUCCUGGCGCUCGACUUCAACAAACUCGAGCGCUUGCCCGACGGCCUGUGUCGCCUGCCGCGCCUCACGCGCCUCUACCUGGGCGGCAACCGGCUGCUGGCGCUGCCCGCCGACUUCGCGCAGCUGCAGAGCCUGCGCUGCCUCUGGAUCGAGGGCAACUUCCUGCGGCGCUUCCCGCGGCCGCUGCUGCGCCUGGUGGCGCUGCAGUCGCUGCAGAUGGGCGACAACCGGCUGCGCGCGCUGCCCGCCGAGCUGCCGCGCAUGACGGGCCUGCGCGGCCUCUGGCUCUACGGCAACCGCUUCGAGGAGUUCCCGCCCGCGCUGCUGCGCAUGGGCCGCCUGCACAUCCUCGACCUGGACCGCAACCGCCUGGGCGGCUUCCCCGACCUGCACCCGCUGCGCGCCCUGCGCGUCUUCUCCUACGACCACAACCCGGUCACUGGGCCCCCGCGCGUCGCCGACACCGUCUUCCUCGUGGGCGAGGGCGCGGUCGAGCGCAUGGCCGAGCGUGACGAGCCCACGCCCCGGCCGCCGCCCCGGCGCCCAGCUCGGGCUUUUGAGGAUGAGGAGGAAGAAGACCUACUCAUAGGGGGCGGGAGCUCCCGGGCUCUGGGGACCCCCGGGGGCAGCCUCCCCGCCCUGGAAGCCGCCCCAGGACUGGGCACCUGAGCCUGUGCUCUGGGUGAUGGACUUCGGCCGUUCUGGGAGGAGGGGCUCCGGGAAGGGCUGUGGGAACGGUGGUCCCCUACCUUGGGGCAGCGGAGGGACCGCUUUGGGCAAUCUGUAGGGGACGGGCAGGCCUGGGGGCCAUCUUCAAGUAUUCCCGUUUGGUAAGGAGACUGCCGCCUGGCUGAUCUCUGGGCAGUCCUCGGACGAAGUCCCGACUCAGUCAAGUUCCCUAUGGCUCUGUCGGGUCUCUGACAUCAGAGUCACUGACAGCACAGUAGAGAUGCUGGCUUCCUCCUGGAACCAGGGUCACCGCUCGCUGCUGGCUGAGUCUGGAUGCCCAGGCUGCCGCUCCAACCCCCCUCCUCCUGGAGUUUGGAUCUCCUAGACCCUACCCUUUCUGGUGCAGGAGCCGCUACCUCUGGGGUGGACCACACGCCUGUGCAUGGGCCCGGAAUCUUGCUGGGAGAAGAGAGCUCUCUCUCCUUUCCCCACAGCCUGAGCCUUCCAGCUGUCAAGUUUGAAAAGAAGCCACUGUGCCUCUAGGGCCUCCUGCGCGGAAGAGAGAGGUCCUCUGCCCUGGGAGGCUGCUCCAGAACCUCUCCGACUGCCUGUACUCUCCAUUCCCUUAAAUGGGCACAGACAGGGUAGCUGGCACGGUGUGGGGCAAGGGACAAGCACUGUGUGCCUCCGCUCCGUCACCAGGGACAGCCUCGGGGUGAGGAGUGGGGUAUCGCUCUGCAAUUCCCAGGGCCGGAUCUUUCCCAUCCAAGCAAUAAUGGGAGGAGGGGGCCAGGGUCAGGGACACUCAGGGACACUGUCAGGGGCAGUGGCCCCAUGUGGUAGUGUUUUCUUUAGGAAGAAAAAAAAAACUGGCUGUAAACAUAAAUUAUAUUUCUUGGAGAAAGAA